AUGCAUAGCGUUAUAAAGCUAUUGCUCGUCUUUUGUGCUUCCGCCAUUGUGAACGCCGGUUUCCCAGUUUUCACGCAAAUCUAUUCAAAGAACGACCUGUGCAUUGGCUGCAAUUCGACAACCACCCAAUACACCAUCGCAUCGGGUUCCUAUUUGAUUAUCGGCGAUUUGACGGUGAAUGUCGGCGAGACGCUGACACUGCAACCCGGUGUCACGUUCGUAUUCCAAGGAAACACCAAGCUCAUCGUCUAUGGGAGAAUCUCGAUUCUGGGCACUGUGUCGAUGCCAGUUGAGAUGAAGGCACUGUUCGAGUCAUCAUAUUCUGCAUGGGGCGGCCUCACUGUGUCCACAAGAAACGGAGGCUCGAUUUCGAAUCUACUCAUCAAACAUGCAGCCAUUGGUCUGAAGGUGACAAAUUGCACGAAUCCACCGACAAUCAACGGCGUCACAGUCGAUCACAAUAACAUCGGAAUCCAGGUGUCACAGUGGGGUGCACUCCCAUCCGUCACCAUCGCCAAUUCAGUGGUCAUCAAUUCCCCGGAUUACGGCGUUUUAAUCACGAAUUCGACUUCCGACAUCGUUUUCACCAAUCUCACCUCAAAGACGAACGGUCAGGGAAUGCAUCUCGCUGGUGCGGUGGCUGGUACGAUUUUGGUGACGAAAUCCAGUCUUUCAUUCAAUUACUAUGAGGGAAUCUGGAUUCUCCUUGCAGGCGGCACUCUGAACCAAAAUUUGUCUCUAAACAUUGACAGCACAUCGCUCGUCUCAAACGGAAUACUGGGAUUUGGUUGCGGCAUCGAUUAUUCAAGAGACAAUGUGACAUCGCAAGACAUCUCUGAUCCAUUCAACUUGCUCGUCAACAAUUCGAUCAUUGAGGGGAACAACAACGCAACUGCAAUUGAAUUUGAUCAAUGCUAUUCCUGUUCGGUGCAAGUGAUCAACAGCAUUUUGAAAGGAAACGGAGGUGGGAUCAAGUCACCGACGGCACGACAAAUGAACGUUGUCGUUGAUCGGAGUCGCUUUGAUGCAAAUCUCGGCUAUGCCAUCAACCUCUACGCUUCGCAAACGAAUUCCCGAAUCACGAACUCGAUUUUUGUGAACAGCGCUCAAAUGGAGAAUAGCUUUUAUGGGCUUCAAUUCGAGUUCCUCAUUGGAAGCCUUCUACAUUCGACAAACAUGCAUAGCGUUAUAAAGCUAUUGCUCGUCUUUUAUGCUGCCGCCAUUGUGAACGCCGGUUUCCCGGUUUUCACGCAAAUCUAUUCAAAGAGCGACCUGUGCAUUGGCUGCAAUUCGACAACCACCCAAUACACCGUCCCACAGGGUUCCUAUUUGAUUAUCGGCGAUUUGACAGUGAAUGCCGGCGAGACGCUGACACUGCAACCCGGUGUCACGUUCGUAUUCCAAGGAAACACCAAGCUCAUCGUCUAUGGGAGAAUCUCGAUUCUGGGCACUGUGUCGAUGCCAGUUGAGAUGAAGUCACUGUUCGAGUCAUCAUAUUCUGCAUGGGGCGGCCUCACUGUAUCCACAAGAAACGGAGGCUCGAUUUCGAAUCUACUCAUCAAACAUGCAGCCAUUGGUCUGAAGGUGACAAAUUGCACGAAUCCACCAACAAUCAACGCCGUCACAGUCGAUCAUAAUAACAUCGGAAUCCAGGUGUCACAGACCUCUGACAUCGUUUUCACCAAUCUCACCUCAAAGACCAAUGGUCAGGGAAUGCAUCUCGCUGGUGCGGUGGCUGGCACGAUUUUGGUGACGAAAUCGAAUCUUUCAUUCAAUUACUAUGAGGGAAUCUGGAUUCUCCUCGCAGCCGGCACUCUGAAUCGAAAUUUGUCUCUAAACAUUGACAGCACAUCGUUCGUCUCAAAUGGGAUACUAGGAUUUGGUGGUGCGAUCGAUUAUUCAAGAGACAAUGUGACAUCGCAAGACAUCUCUGAUCCAUUCAACUUGCUCGUCAACAAUUCGAUCAUUGAGGGGAACAACAACGCAACUGCAAUUGAAUUUGAUCAAUGCUAUUCCUGUUCGGUGCAAGUGAUCAACAGCAUUUUGAAAGGAAACGGAGGUGGGAUCAAGUCACCGACGGCGCGACAAAUGAACGUUGUCGUUGAUCGGAGUCGCUUUGAUGCAAAUCUCGGCUAUGCCAUCAACCUCUACGCUUCGCAAACGAAUUCCCGAAUCACGAACUCGAUUUUUGUGAACAGCGCUCAAGUGGAGAAUAGCUUUUAUGGGCUUCAAUUCGAGUUCCUCAUCGGGUUAACCCCUUUGCAAGAUGAUCCCGAUCAACGCUUCAUUGUCACAAUGACAAACAACGUGGUUUACCGAAAUAAUUUCACGACAACUGUCGGAUUGUUCACCAAUGGGACGAGUGGAUCACAAAACAAUAUUCUUCUCAGCAACAACUAUUUCCUGGAGAAUCAAGGACAAGAUGUGAUAUUCCAAAAUGAUUCUGGGAUGAGCAUCACGAGGAAUUAUUUCAACAAUCCAUUGGCACAAUGUGAUAUCACGAUGAGAGCAUCCAUCCCAAACGUGGCCGACAAUCGUUUCUGGACGAGUUCGAAUGCGAAUCUUGCGACCACGAUUCGACCGAUUCUUUCGAAUGAUUUCAAAGAUGCGAACGCGUUGGGUGCUCAACUCCAAACGCUUCCCGUUGUGCCGAAUCAGUCGAGCAACUCUGCGAGCUUGAUGCGCACCUGUCGUGCCCCAUCCAAUCAAACCCGGCUACACGGCCUCGGUGAUACGACCAGCUUCAAGUUUUCGCUGAAUAUC